CCCUCUCUCUUCUCUCUCUAUGGACCAUGUCCAGUUCCGCCAACGCACACCCGGAGAGCCAGUGAGCAGCUUCGUGAGCAACUACAGCAGCCAAUCACUGCGGCCAGAUUUGACCUCUGACCUUUUCAGAUUGCGGGAGGAGAAGGAGGAGGGCAGUGGGCAUGGCAGAAGGAGGGGCUUAGCAGUGUUCGGAGAGGAAGGGGUGAUGUCGUUCCACAAUGCCAGGAAAGAGAAGAUCCAUGAAAGAGAAGAGUCCUUCCACAGUUCCAGCCCCACUCUAACAGGUGUUCCAGGUAAGAGGAGGUAUAAGCGUCAUGAGGUGGAACAGAUCCACGGUGAGGUCAGGAGGAUGUGUUCUCUCAACAAUCAGAGGAGCUUUGAGCACGUGCAGAAGAUCCUGCGUGUGAAGCGUCUCCAGCGCCAGGCCAAGACCGGCAACAACGUUGUCAAAAGGCGACCUGGUCGCCCCCGGAAACACCCCAUUGAUGAAUUUGAACCCAACAAUUACGGGAGCGACAUAGGGAGGGGCUUCGGGAUGCCGGUGCUAGAAAGGUGUGUGGACCUACCGGGCAAGCGGAGCUUAAGACCAAGUCCCGCCCCCCAGCCUCUGGAGUUUUCCAAUCACGACUCAAUCUCAGUGGCUAUUGAGACGGUAGUUCACAGAGCACGUUCUCUGGCGCCCCCACCGACCAGAGGAGGGAAACGCAGGGGUAGACCCAGGAAGGAAGAGGGAGGGGAUAUGGCGUUUCAUUAGCUAAUCAGACAGCAGGACAGUUGCAGAUACAGAUGAGCUCUGACCUAUCAGAGAGCUGGUAAGAGGAGCUAACACUGGCCUUAGCAGCCAAAACAGACGUCAAUUCUGGGACCUCUGUGCACUUUGACCUAUUGGCCUGUCUGUUUCUCUUCUAUGAUUGGAUGUAAGGAGUGUGACUGCAGUAGGUCUCUGGAGUAACAUUAGAAGAGCAACAGUGUUGCACUCUGAACGAGUGUUCCUUCUGAAGACGGACAAUGACACUUACCAUACAUGUAUGUGAAACAAUGAUGCGUAUGGUACUUUAAUAUGAUACUGUAUGGUACUUUAUGGUACAAUAUCUGAUACUAUAUGGCACUAUUUGAUAAGGUACUGUAUGAUACUAUGGUACUAUACGGUAUGAAAUACAAUGGUACUUUAUGAUAGUCUUUAUCUGAAUGUGGCAUUAGCUACACUUUUACCAGCAGACGGGGGGUGGUGAUUGGUUAAUAUGAUAUUGUGCAGCUCUGCUUAGUUUUGCCCCCCCUGCCGCAGAGAUACUAUAAAGGCAAUAUGCUGUACUGAGCCUCCCUGGCCUUUACAGCUAUGAUCUAACUGUACAUAGGAACAUACUCCACUUUUACCCGCCUUUUACCCCGCAGAAUACAGUCCAUUUACAUGUACUGGCACAUAUCAAACUGAAAUGUUGUACCAUAGGCCAUAAACGUUGGGAUUGUGGUUUUAUAACCAAAAAGAGACCUGGAUGUGACCCAAGACAUGUUUGUUUUCAGACUGAAGGAACCACAUCUAUUCAUUCAUUUAUUCUGUGUAUAUAAGAAGGUCAUCACAUACAUGGGAAUAUCAGGGGUGUUUGGUGAAACCUUAAAGGUCAACUUUGGGCAAAAACGCAAAGAUAACAGCUUUUAACUGUAUAACUGAUCAAUGCUCCAUCAUACCAGGUAAUUUAAUGCAACAACAAAAAAUAUAUAGAUAAGAUAUUUGGCUAAAGAAGUGCCAUUUCCUACCGAUCUCUACAGCUUCUGUCCAAAAACAAAUCCUGUGAAAUGACUUCUACACAUGGAGGAGAUACUGGCUAGCUACAGUGGCUAGCUUAGCUAACAAACUAGCUACGUCGGUCGCAGCGUAAGAACAGAAUGACAACCAAACCACAAGAUGAACAACCAAACCACCAACACCCCAUUUCUGUUUGAAAAUUGAGAAAGAGGCAGGGUUGGACCAUUUUUUUGUGCCCAAUGUCGACCUUUAAAGUUGGUUUUAAUUUGCUAUAUAAACAUUCACUUACGUUUAAUCAAAGUCAGCACUUACAUGCUUGUUCUAGCCUUACAAUUUGGCCUUGACUUCAUUGGUGGACAUCCAUUCAGAAACGUCCAUUAAUUUAAACUAUUUGAAUAUGCAGGAUGCUCAGCCAAUGGCGUCAAACCUAAGCCCAAGCCUGAGAUUUGAUUGGACAGUGAAGAUGGAGGAGGACUAAUGAUCAGUGUGUGGUACUCUGAUGGUUUCUAUCUGAGUAGUGGUAGGAAAACAACAUGAGUAGUGGUAGAAAAACAACAAUUAAUUAUUGGAAUAGGGAACCAAAGCCUCAGAGUUAUAUGUGUUUCACAGACUUGUCAGACAGCUGUGGGGUUGUCAGUGUUCUCAUUCUGCAGCUAAACACACAGGACAUUAGAUGCUAGCUAGCUAGAAUGUUUUCAAUAUUUCAUAAAAUAGCAGUAGGUACGUAUUUCAUUGGGACCUAUGUCUACUGUAAACUUGGGAAGCCUCUCCUCUCUCUGUGAGGGUAUUGUCAGCUCCAGCAGUUCUGCACGUGCCUUAUGUUUGUUUCUUAAACCAUCACAUCUCAUUCUGUGGGAAUUAAAAAUGGCAGAGAAGUCACUGAGAUUGAAACCAAGUACUAAUGAUUGUGCAUUUUCGACACGUGUGUCUUAGCCACCACAACACGGACACUACCUAUGUCCCUUUGCAGCCAUACGUACAAAUGGCCUGAUUCCAUUUCAGGUUCCACGCCCCUUAUGCUCACCCCUGGCUCUUUGGAUUGAACAGAUAAAAGAGCUCUGUUAUGCACUCUAUUAGAGAGAAAGGUGGAUCCAUCACCAUGCAGUCUUUUCAUAUCUGAGCUGUGAGGAGCAGAGGUGGUAGGAGCCAGGGAAAGUGGACUUCAAUCUAAAUGGAACCAGGCCCCCCGGGCUGUGGGCGUGCAGGCUGUGCCAGGGGAGUUCUGUUGGGAACCAUGCUGUCUUACGUAGUUGUUUGCUAUGCAUCAGGUCUGGCCUGAGCUGUCUGAGGAGUCCACCCUUCCACAUAGACAAAUAAGUGUCUUAUUUACCCAAUAAAACAUGCAGUCAUGUAUCCAGAAGUGUGAAUAAUAUCAGUAAUAAUUUGUAAAGCGUUGUGCAGAAAGUGACUAUCAUUUCAUGUCAACUUUAGUGACUGCAGCUCCCUGCAGUGCUGCCUUAAUCAGAAGUCAAGCUCCAGUAGUGAAGUGUUUAUCUGUUGUAAAUAGUCUGUUCUGUUGUGUUCUGCCUGCAUGGAUACAAACUGGCCCCAGCUACAUAUGCUGGCAUAUCCCCUCAGACCAACCUAAGCCCAUCCUAGAACACAGACCCAUCUUAGUCAACAUUAGACAUUAGAACCAGCAAUACCCCUUUAGUCAGUCUCUAUCCAUCAAUUAGAAUUUUCAUCAAACAGUCAUAGCAAGGUUAAGAUCCCAGGACCUGUGCCAGCCUAUGAUAAUGACUCUUGUUGCACUUCAGCCAAGACCAAGAACCCCCAUUGGCUAGCAGCUAAACUCCCCUCAGCCAAUGGGUGCCUAGUGCAGAAGUGUGUGUGUGGGCAUUACCAAACCACGUACUCAGACCACGUGCUCAGAGGGCAUUACCAAACCACGUACUCAGACCACGUGCUCAGAGGGCAUUACCAAAUAUACACCUGUUCUUGUCAGUGUGUGUGUCAGUUCUAGGCCACUUAGAGAGAGCAGAGACUGAACUGGAUCUCAUAACCUUUCACAGGAGGCCUACACCUUUCACAGGAGGCCUGGAUCUCUCUAACCGGGUCUAGGGUCUGGGUGUCUGAGUGUGGUCUAGUGGUAGUCUAGGUUUGGUCUAAGGGGUCUAGAUGUGGUAUAGUUGCGGUCUAAGGGGUCUAAAGACUUCAAGCUUGGCAGCUCAGUAUUCCAUGGUUGGUCUCUGAUGUUGGAGUUAAGCCACUGGGAUCUGUCUGUUUCUCUACCAGCCGAUGUUCCGGUGCCUUCUACAGCUGACUAGUAUUGUCCUGAUCCUCUGCUUAACUACACACAGAGACCGACCGCAUGGUCCAGUACGGUCAAGGUGGGUUUUACAGUCCCUGUUGUGUACUGGAUUCUGUAUUCACUCUGGUCCAACUGUAUGGCUGGUAUGACUACAAGUAGAAGUUGCCCUUAACCACAGAUCCAGGAUCAGAUCACCCAACCCUAAAUCAUAACUUUCAUUAUCAGGGGGAUGAAAGAACAUCUGGUCCUGGAUCAGUGGUUAGGGAAGAGUUCUACCCCUCCACACUCAGACCAGUCUGACUAGUCCAAUACAGCCACUGGAGCUGAAUCAUACUGCAUGCGUCUCAAAUCACUCCCUACACCCUAAGUAGUGUACUACUACAGAAGACUAUAUGGAAAAUAUGGAGUUAUGUGAGAAGCAGCCACGGUCUCUACUAAUAUGUGUAGUCAUUAACAUAUAUGUUAUGUUUCUACGCUAAAAUGUUGUUCAAAGCUGAACAUGCAGAUGAAGCGUCGAUGAGGAAACCAAUAAAUGUACUUUGCAAGAGCACAAAGUGAGCUCUUAACUGUGUUGGCAUAUUUGAGUUUGUAUACAUAGUGUAUGUGAACCUUUUUACUAGAGUGGCUUUUCUUUUAUUUGCAUGCUCCACUUGAUUGUAUUCAUCAAUAUUUUAGACAAGCGGAGAAGUUGAAUUUCAAUUGAAUUUGGAGCAAGACUUGUACAUUGUUUGAUAUGUUUCUUUUUGUAAUGGAUUUUUAAUUCAUAAAGCAUUUUUGUACAUUGUAUGAAUAUAAAAAAUUGCAAAUAUUUGACAUAUAGAAAUAAGUAAAUACUUAGAUGGGCAUGCAUAUGCAUAUAUCCUUCUUAGUAUGUAUGUGUAAAUGUACACAUAUUUUGUAUUUGCCUUUGCUCAUAUACAGAUAUAUGUCAUAUGCAUACAUGCAAUGUAUAUGUAUAUCCAUGUCUGCUGGCAUGCUUCUGGUCAUGUUUACCUAUCAUGAUCUUGUAGUCUAUUUUUUUUAUUUCUUUUCUCUGAGGAAAAGCUUGUUCUUUUGCUACCGUUUUCCUGGCUGGCAGCAUUGGGCACUUAUUAAGAUGAAAUACAGUUGAACUUGUUCAUGUUAUUCAUUGUGUGAAAUAAUAAAUGAAUUUAUUGAAAGCUGA